CGAGUAUUUAUUUUAUGUGUCAUAACGCAAGCAGCCCGUUUAUCGCUGUACGUUUGCAAGGAACGCCUGGUCGAUUUCUCAUUAUCUUGGCGAAAAUGUCGGAAAAGGAGAGAAAAUGCUAUGAGGGCAAGAAGGUUGUAGUAACAGGCGGUGCUGGCUACUUUGGAUCUCGCUUAGGAUACGCAUUGUCAGAAAAGGGAGCUGAAGUCACCCUUUUCGACAUCAGAGAGCCAAGACACUCAAAAGGAUUGACAUUUGUAAAGGGAGAUGUAAGCAAUAAGGAACACGUCAGGGCUGUUGUUAAAGGAGCGGAUUAUGUGUUUCAUUCAGCAUCAUAUGGAAUGUCGGGCCGAGAGCAGCUCAACAAGGAACUCAUAGAAAAGGUCAAUAUACAGGGAACACAGAACAUAAUAGAAGCUUGUAUACAACUUAGUGUGGCACAUCUAGUUUAUACCAGCACAUACAAUGUGAUAUUUGGCAGCAAUGAGAUUCAUGAAGGGGAUGAGGCCUUACCUUACCUGCCUUUAGAUGAGCACACAGAUCAUUAUUCAAAAACAAAGUCAAUAUCAGAACAGAAUGUCUUGAAGGCUAACAAGACUAAUUUGCCAAGUGGUGAUUAUCUAAGAACUUGCGCAUUGAGGCCAGCUGGGAUUUAUGGAGAAGGAGAAGAAAGGCAUUUACCCAGGAUUGUAAAUUACAUUGAGAAAGGCCUGUUCUCCUUCACGUAUGGCAGAGGAGAAAGCAAAGUGGACUUUGUACAUGUGGAUAACCUUGUUCUGGCCCAUGUGGGAGCAGGAAGUGCCCUUACUGGAAAGGCACCUCUUGCUGCUGGGGAAGCAUACUUUAUUUCAGAUGGGCGUCCCAUAAACAACUUUGAGUUCUUCAAGCCUUUGGUUGAAGGACUUGGCUAUAAGUACCCCACCCUGAGGCUACCAUUUGUACUUGUAUAUGUCUUAGCAUAUCUCACAGAGAUAAUUCACUCUGUAGUUGGCAGAUACAUUUACAACUUCCAGCCCCUCCUAACAAGAACUGAGGUACACAAAACCGGCGUAACCCAUUACUUCUCAAUAGCUAAGGCAAGAUCACAUUUCCAGUACACCCCAAAGGUCCAUGAUCUAUCAGGAGUUGUUAAGCACUUCCGUGAACAAGGGCGGGGCAGGAGACUACGAAAGGCUGGCUCCGGGCUGUGGUACCAUGUGGUCAAUGUUAUUAUUGGACUGUUUUUUGCAAGUUUAUUGUUUUCAUUCUUGCCGACAAUAGAAACUAUACCAGUAUUUGGAUUCCCAAGUACGGUAAUAUGAGGAAUAACAGUUGGCUCAUUAUCUAAAAUAUGAUAAUAUUUUUUUAACGUUGUCCCAGGUUAUGAUUCCAGGGAAGGGGGAGGGGGGGGGGGGCUGGGUUUGAUUCUUGUCAUGACAGGAAGGAAAUGACACUGGUUACAUGAUCCAUGAAUUAAUCCUGAAUCUAUAUGAUUACAAUGUUGUUAGUUACAUGGAAUUGAAUAACAUUUUAUUUUACUGGGCACUAAGAACCCAGUUUUUGAGCAGCAAACCUGUCAAAAUAAGCACAGAAACGGUUAUAGUCACACGCGGAAGCAAUAAAAAAAAAUAAUGCACCUAUCAAUGUUAAGCUGGUAGGGGGGUGUGCGGAUUAGACAUUUUCGUGAGUUUGUCAGUUAAAUUCCCUACCCUUGGGACAAAUAUGGGGGCAAAUCUUGAGAAAUAUCCUUGCCCCAGGCUAUAUUAUUUGGACCAAAUAUCCCUUGUCAAGGGAGUAUGGCAGAAGAAAUAGAGAUAACAUGAACUAUACAACAAGCAAUUUCUUUUUAUGGAUGCGCAGAAAAGUGUAAAACACUGAAACAUCAAGUCUUUAAACAUUCUCACAUCCAAGAAUAACAAAUAAAGAAGCAAUGGAGCAUCUGCAGCGUGCACCAACGAAAACAUGCCAGUCUGUGGGUCACAUGAAAGGGCACUAGAUCAAAAGAUCCCUACCCCGGGAAAUGAUUAGUUCAAUAAACCUUUCCCACGGGAUAAAUAUGGACAUUUAAAUCCCUGCCUAGGGGCCAUUUUUAACUGUUCAAACCCCAACCCCUUGCUACACCUCCCCCCCCCCCCCCCCCCCACAAGCUUAACAUUGAUAGGUGUAUAACAUCUUCCAUUGAAAACAAGCCCUUUUUGACAAACUUUCUGGAUGAGUUGCUACUUAUUGUUAUUUUGUCACCAAAAGUCAGAUUGUGUGCUGAGUUGGGUCAUGCAUUUACCAAAUGACAUGACGAAAAAACAUAACAUGACCCUUCAAAUAAGCCUAUAUCACAUCUAAUAAGGAGGAAAAUUUCUUUGAGAGCUAAGGGAGUGAUAGCUACAAAAAAUCAAAUGCGGCUUUUUUUUAAUUUAUGUGACUUUUUGUAAAGUGUCAUUGAAAUUUGAGCUUUUCGUCCCUGAGCCCAUACAUAGCGCAAGGAUGAUCAAGGAAAAAAUAUCUAAAAGUCCUAAAACUCGGUAAGUGCAUUUCGGUUAUGAUCCAAUUGUUUAUUUUUCUGUACUUGAUACAUAACUUCAACUGACUGACAACUAUAUCACAAGUGUGCAAGUUUCUUUCAAAUAACCCAUACAACUUACACAAUUGUUUUGCAGCUAAAAUGCCGUUCACAUUUCAGACAAUAGGAGCGAGUACCCAGUAAUAUUUUUAUCUUCUUAACAUAAUCCUACAUUUGCCUAUCAUUUAACAUUUGAAUUUUUUUCCUCUAUAAACCAUUCUUGCUCAGAGUGAAUCUAAAAUAACACCAUACCUGUUUUCCCUGGUAGAACAUAUUUAUUUGCAGCAAAUAAAUUGUCUUUUUUUUACCUUGCCUAAACACUAGCUAUAACAAGGCUAAAGGUUUGGAAAUAAUUCUCAUUAUCAUGGCUAUUGAAAGAUUUAACUCAACACCUACAGUGUUCUUACUCAAUAGGUAAAAUAUGUAUUUUACUGACACUAGAUGAUUCGAUUCCCCUAUGCACUUAAUUUGCUACAAGUUCAGUCGAGUUCACAUACAUUUGGUAAAAUUGAUGGUUAUUGAACAGCUGAUUAUGUAUACUUUUUUUUUUACUUAAAGGGGUAUUAUCACUUUUCACUAAUUUUUAUUGAACCUAUCUGCUUCACAGGGACAACUAUGUAGCCAUUAAAUAAACUAAGAUAAAAUGGAAUAAGUUAAAACAAA